AUGCCUCUCUCGCCUUCUUCUUCUUCUUCCUCUGACCUUACUGCUACCAUUCAAAAAAACAAUAAGUUGUGUGACGCAGCAGACAUGAUCAUUCCACACACUGAAACGUCUGGCGCCAUGUCACAAUUCCUAUCACAGCCUACAAUACCAAACGAGUUAUUGGUGGCAGACAACAUGAGAACAUUCGACCCUAUGGCACCCACCAACAUUCAUUCCAGAGCAGACAUCGACCGAGAACAGCUAGAGAAACUAUCGCAUAAACCCAAUCGUACAUAUGAAGACAUGCUAUUACAACAAAAGCCAAUGGCUUCCUUUGAUGUGACGAAUAACCAGCAAGAUAUGUUCUCUAGAUACGUAUCACCUACCACCACAUUCGCCAUGCAUACGCAUAAAAAAAGUCAUCCGUAUCAUCCUCUUUUACAGCAACAUGAUAUGGUCCAUUAUUACUACAGUCAACACAAGCGUCCCUAUCACUCAAUGGAAUACGUGCCGCCCUAUAAGAAAUCCAAGUCAAACGCAUCUCAACAUGAGACGUCUUACAUGCAUCAAGACUUGGUAUCUUCACCGCAGCAACAACGAUCUCGUCAAAGUAGCAUGACAGGCCCUUUUGUCGAUGUGAAUGAACUUGCUUCUGAAUCCCAAUCGACCAACGAUGCUGCCUUGAUGUACUGGGUCUUGGAUGGAAGUGAAGAAGCUGCAUUUUAUCAAGUGGGAACACCCCCAAAUAAUGACGAUAAACAACAGCCAAGUCCUGCUCAUCCGACUGAAUUCAAUCCUUCAGUGAGCUUGAGUACAUGGCCUGCUGCGAUGGAAGCUGAGAAUGGCACAGUAACAAAACUUCCUUUACCUCAGCCUUCAAAACCUACCAGCAUGCCACUCAAGAAUUGGUCUGCGCCUACACAGACACGCACUUGGUCCAAGUUUUUUUUUGCGUCUGAAAUGCAAACAUUGCAUUAUCAAACACCUCCUUUGAUUCAUUUUAAUGAGCCUUCUUCUUCACUUUCUAUGGGACUAAAUAUGAUGCCAGAAGAAGAAGAAGAGACGAAAGAAGGAGGUCUUUUUUAUCCUUACCACAAGGGAAUAAAGAAUACAAAAGAAAUGGUGAUGAUGCCUUCGCAACAACAAGAGCAAUCGGAUACAAGUCAAGUUGCCUCUAAAGCAGCAGCGGCGGCAGCAGCAGCAGCUAUUUGGGCAGCAGCAACAGCAGAUACAAACAAACCCGAAAAAAGAAAAAAACCAUACAAGAUCAAUUAA